CGUGCCUCUGAUAAAAAAAAUGGAACUCCCGCAUUCGGCUGCUGUCCUCAAGGCCAAAUGAAUACUAUAAAUCCCACAGAACCAUCAGGCAGGUCAAAUUACAUUGAAGAAUGCCCCUUAAUAGCUCUGACCCGAUACUGACCAUUUGAAAUACUGACCAAGCCACACACACGCCUGGCCCUCGAGCUCUCUUCACCGAGCUGAUCUACACCAUACUCAGGCCUAGGCUGACAUUGGCACGGUUAGCAGGAAACCGUGAUUCAAAGUUUUCCCUGAGGGGUGCAUUCCGAUCGAUUGGUUUUUGACUCACGAUAUUCGAUAUCCCUUCUCCCUGUCUCUUCUUCAUUGCGACGUCUCAACUCAAAGGCUUCUCGAUUAUUACGCUUCAGGGCCCGCAAUGGGGGAUGAUCUUCUAGACUUCGUCAUCAACCAUGUGUUCAUGCCGCCCAAGUUGCCCCAAGAGGCGGAUGAGAGUCCGGAGCGCAUAGAUUUUCUUUUGUCCACUAUCCGCAAGAGCAUGAAGCUUUACAGACAGCAUUAUGUUGCGCCUGAGCACCAAGCAUUGUGGGAUUCAUUGUUGAAAAUGGUGGGUACGUUGCGCCGAAUCAACAUGGACCCGGGGGUUGGAAUUAGCGAAUGCAUCAAAAGAAGGAGCACUGGAGACACCAUCGCCAUUUUCAUUCGUGCUCAAAACGCGGGUGUGAUCAUCCGUUGUGGCGAGGAGGAAACAAUAUUCGAGAAUUUCGAAGCUUCGCCAACGAAUAGCGCCGUGAUGGAUUGCACAGGGAAGCUUGUCCGCUCCUUUCCCGGGCCCGCAAUUGCCAUCCGAAACAACAUUAUGCAGGAUCCGGAUUUUGUAGAAGAAUUGGCUGCAUUCCUAACUGAGAUGAAUGGCGAUCGACGGGAGGAUGAGGACCUGAUGGACGAUGAUCAAUCGAUAGGUGAGGACACAGUGGACGGCGAUCAACGGGAGGACGAGGUCGAAAUGGGCAGUGAUCGACUACAGGAUGAGGACACAAAGGGCGGUGAUCCAUUGCAGGAUGUGGAUGGCGAUCCACUGCAGGAUAAGGACAUAGUGGACAGUGAUCAACCGCAAAAUAAGGGAGAACACGGGAACCGCUCGUUCUCGUUCGCGCCCCGAUGGCGAUGGGGUUCCCAGGAUAACCACACACCUCAUCCGAAGCACGUCACCGAAUUGCUGACUGGGAUACUCCGUACACUAGGGGAGCCUGCCGAUAUUCCUCGCAUCCAGAAGAGGACAUCGGACGAUGUUUUGCGGGGAGAAACCGCUUCUGUCCCAUGGCGGCGUAGCUCCCUCUGGCUCGUUGUUCGCGUCGCGUUGCAAACUACGAUCCAUAGAGGCACUUUGAACAUGAAGGAAUACAAGUCUUUUAUGGUGCUCCUUCUGGCCGAGAUUCUGCGGAGCGGUGUUGAGAACUGUUUACCGGGACAUAUCCUUUAUUGCAUGCGGGCCAAACUUAGCCGCCGACUCUUUAGAAUCCGAUCAUGGGCAGCCCCGUCUCUAAUCACAUUUGUCCACGAGGUUGUGCUUGAUACGGAAGGACUGCUCCAAGAUCGAUGGAGGAGCAUUCAAGACACGCAGAUGCGAGCACCUCAGUGGGCACCAGACGAGCUAGAUGUUAUUGGGGACACUAGCCUCAACUUGAAAAAUUGCAGGUCUUACAUCAGUGCCGCUCUCGUCCCAGGAAUUUCCGCCAACCAUGAUGCUGCAUUCCAACCACAUCAUCAUCCACGAUCAUUCAAUUUUUUUGACGACGAACCCAGGAGUCUCCCGGCAGCUGUAGAAGCAAAUGGAUUUGUUGCGCUUUGGGAUUUUGAGCGUUGCGUAAAAGAUCGCAUUGACGAAUGGGUAUCUCGGCAAAUCUCCGACCAGAAUUGGGAAAGUGCUUGCGAUUUAAUCCCUCAUUACAUGACGACAUAUGCCGAAGAGGCCGGGAAAUUGUAUGGGGGGGCACCAGCGGAACAGUCCGUUAUGCUCCUCACGCUUUUUGAAUUGUGGAUGGCGCUCGACAUUUUGGCAAUAGCUAGCUGUCCCCUCUUAAAGGAUUAUUCACCCGAGGUUCCAUUGACUUUAUACGAGGGCCUCCUACUUUCGAAAUCCGAGUCGUUGGCACGCAUCUCGAAGAUCCAGAUGUACCUGCGCAGGCGCUAUCACGAAGCUGGUAGUACCCCUCGAUCGGUUUUCUCAGGAAUUGUCGAUGAGGAAACUUUCGCAGUCAGAUUUUUCGAGUCUUCUCCAUCACUCCAGAAUCUCAAGUGCACCAUAGAGGAACAAGCGGGGACGAGCGAAAAACUUCACGAGCUUCACUUGCUAAAUCUAGAAUAUAGGGAAAUGAUGAGAGAAGCAGGCUUUCACACUAUAGGCCGCAUUGGGUUGUGGCACGACCGGAAAUAUUGCAGAAAAUGCUAUUACAAAUGGCGGGCAAGAGUCCUGAAGACAGUCAUUCGCGAAUGGCCUCUGCCAAAAGACCCGGUGCGAGCCAAAAUCUUUGUGUUUGAACGAGCAGUUCCUGGGGUCUUCAGGACUUGGAGGGAGACAACUUAUUGGCUUCUCUGUGACAUCUGUGCGCCGGGAAAAGAAAGGCGAUUCACGAGGUGGGAAUUGUAUGCCCGCCGUGACCUGAGUCACGUUCCAAAUCCCCAACACCGAAUAUCGCUCGUACCGGAGUUGAGAAUUCUAGACAACCAAGGCAAUAUCCGCGGCACAUAUACAUCUUCAUGUCAGUUGUGGGACAAUAACGACCUUGGAUGGGUAUAUCCUUCAUCUGGCGACUGCGAUCUGAGUCAUAGAACAUCCAUGUGGAUAUCGAGAGAGUCGCCAUAUGCUUCCUUGAAACGCUUUGCACAGGGGACAUCCCACACUUCAAACGAAGUUCUUGCGAGCCAACAUGAAUGUCCCUCUUCGCUUCGCUUACGCAGUUUCAUCGCCUUCGGUUCGUUGCGCGCUGGGGCCAGGUUGCAGUGGUACAAUAUUGCCCGAGAGAUUCCCUCCGAAAAUCUGAGUUUUCAGUGUGAGGAGGUUUGUGACCUCAUCUCUCGGGCUGUGUGGCAAAUCGGAUGUCUUUCUAGCGAUGGUGUUUGGGAACACCACCAGGUUGUACAAGAAGCACCAUUCGGCGAUGCGUUAUUGGAUGUCCUUGAACAGCUGAGGACAGAUAUAGAAGGGGAUUGGCGCCAGGGUAUCACAGCGCUGACCAUCACUACGCUAGCUUCUCGACUGCUGGCCUCGGCUGUGGCACCACCGAUCAUCAACAAAACAUAUAAGCUACUUCGAAAGAUACGAGACACCACCCUGAGCUGGUUACACGAACUUAUGGCACUUGAAUCACACGCCGAAACCGAGGCUGAACGGGAAAAAUAUCAAGGAGCAAUAUGUCCUUUGGCCGCGAUUUGUAGGAGCUCAUUUGAUGUCGAUGCCCACCAUGCUGGGUCACUGCUUCGAAGUCCGGAAGAUGUCGCCAUAUUCAUCGAAUGUGCCAUCAUUCUUUAUAGCCAUUCCCCCCAAGAAACCCUCACCGAUCCAGACCCUCAUUUACGUCUGUUACUCCUCCGGGACAACCGCCUGUCCUGCUGUAUGGAAGAAUUCAUUUUUACCCUCAUCCAAGAAAGGGCGAACAUGCUGGGCGUCAAUAAAGCAAUAUCAAGCGUUUGGAGUGCCAUCGAUCCGAUGUGCUACUGGACAAGGUUACCAAAACCUAAUGAUCGUUGGUUGACUACCGCCGUAAACAGCCAAAGGGCUCAAAAUGUUCAUUUCAACGUAUUGAGUGGCGCUUUGCUCAUUGAUGGAAAACCACCUGGUCGGUUGACAUCUGACAUCCGUGGGCAUUCAAUAUAUAAAGAACUUUUCGGUGCGAGAAAUCCGGACGCUGUUCCAUCGGAUAUUGAAGACAUGGACUAUGUUACCAAAGUUCAUAUAUCUUACAACUCUCAACUCAAGACUAAAGAUGUGGAUGAGCAAAUGCACUUUGGGUGGCGAGAUGGAAGACUCAUUCUACGAACUAGAAGCCCUAUGCUUGACGGGAAGAGCUAUCGGGUCUUAGAAUUGUUACCACGUGAAAUCUUUCAAGGCGAUCUCCCACCUACUCUAGUCGACGAUUAUUCUCAUUGGAUGGAGUUAUCGACUUGUCAGAUUGAGCUACGGCCUAAGGAGACACCCUGGACAUCCUCCCGAUCGAACUGGCACCUCCGUCGUACUGCAUGCUCCACAUGGGUCAUGGAUAAAGGGUCCUCUGUCAGACUAGUUGACUGGCAGAGCCGCACGGGGGAGAUGAUUUGUGCCAUGCUUCGUCCACUUGAACCUGACAAUAAUAUUCUUAUCACAUUGGCGAGGUCGCCUGUUCGAGAACUGCGUGUCGAUCUUCCUCGGUUUCAGCUCUCCUUCACCUUGAAGGGCGGAAAACUUCGUUCAUUAAACUUUCCGGGCUUUGAAGUAGAUAGUAAUCAAUCAACAGGCACAAUGCUGGGACUCCGCAGCCAGUUGGUUCUGCGCCGGAGCGGAGAUCUCGCUCCUGGUGUGGAGCUUAACUGUUCGAGGCGCGUCAUAAUCCCGACGGGGAAAGUAACUAUCACAAGUGAUGGUGACCACGUCACUGUUACGAUUGAUAACUCGGGAUUGUCACGCGUCAAAUAUUGUGAUUAUGACGUCGAUGUCCUACUGGGUCGUCUGGUUGGAGAUGGGAGCUUAUUCAGCACAUUAUUCCAAUCAUUCCUUCACGCUGUGACUAGUUACUGCCUGCCUGAUCCUCUUACGUCAAUGUCAGGAGUCGAGGAAGCGACCCAAAUCCUUCGAUCAGCACGUUGCAAAUCGUUUCAAAGCCUUGAUGACCAGGAACGUCAGCUUCUGCGUCAGCUAUCAGCGUUAACGCCAUCAAGGUUCUGGACGUGGGAAGGGGGGCAACAAAUUAACUGGAACGAAACACUUAGCCCGCUUACCCAACACGGUGCUUUCUGGGUUGAGGCCCAAUCUAUUUUCGAAUGGAAUAACGAAAUGGAUGUUUUUGGUCCCUCCGCCGGUCCCGGGAGCGGUCGGGGAAACUUAAAUCUGCUUUCCCGUGCUAGAUGCCACAAUGCAGUCUGGUACGGCCCUGAUCUUCCACGGGGCAUGCGGGGUCAAGACGUGACAUAUAAAUCUAGGGACGCUGACAAAGGACUCGAUACAACCCGUAUUCAUGCUGCAUCGAAUAUCUCUAGCUUGGUGUAUCGCUGUCCUCGUCAGCUGAAGACCCCCAAAGAUCUUUUGUCGCACAUGGAAUCGUGGACGAAGGUCAUCAGAGGUCCUUCCCCCAAUCACUUGUCGGAUGUGGAUGUGCGUUUGGGAUUUACCAAGGAAUGGCUGCCCUUGGAUAUACCAGGCAAAUGGAUUCCUUUGUACAAUGUGUGUCGAACGGAGGGAUGGGGAAACCGUACUCGUUUCAAAAUGAUGUUUAGUCUUUCUGCAAUGGGCUACUCUACUCAUCGAGGCGAGGGUUUGGUCCCUGCCUUACUUGCAUUCACAUACUUCCCCGAGUUCCGUUCCAUUGAUCCGCCGUUGUGGCCUGAAUACGAUUUGCGCAAGGGCUAUAAACCAGACGCAUCCAAACUCGAUGAUGUCGUCACGACAUGGAUCCAUCCAGGCAAAGUUGGCCCCCGAGCAUCCUCUCAAGUUUCUUUCCUUGUCAGACACUUAAUCGGUCAGUGGGAUCAUGAACCCACAAGAGCGCCAACGUUACCAAGUCUGCCGGAUGGUGAUGUGUGGCUGAUCAGAACCUCUCGCGCCAUGGUCAAUGUGACUAAGUUGUUUGAACAGUGGUUUAGAAACUGGGAAUUACGCCAGCAUAUCCGAGAAAUCCAGACGGUAUUGGACACACACCAGACUCGGAAUUCAGAUGCUCCGGUUGUACCGAUAUAUUCGUUUUCGACCUCCUUGCAACUUGAAAAAGCGAAUCCGUCCGUUGUAUCAUACAGUAAAGUUUUUCUCCGACAACCUCCGGUUCUUGCGCGUACACCUUCCCCUCUGAAAACUAAAAGAUGGUUGAACAUCAAACCGGCUUCGGAACAUAAUAAUCUCAAAGCUCUCAUUUCAACUCUCCGUCCAUCCCACGACCCGAUAUUCCAGAAAUAUGCGGUUGAUCUCGAAGCUAGCUACAAUGCAUUGCAUGACGACAUACAGAUCAGCGUGGAGCAAGUAGAAACCCUCCGAGAAGAGCUUUACCGCGAUCACCAGAUGUACCAAUCUCACCUCUCUCAUGUGUUAGGGCAAAUCGGAGGGACGCUCAACCCAGAUCCUCAGUCAGAGCGAGUACAGGAGGUUAUGCGGGUUGCAGGACUAUGGCCGAAGAGCACCACUCUUUCUUUACUGCACCACCUAUCAUUCUCAUCCCGUUCAAAAGUUAAAUUAUCCCCCGAAUGGAGGAACGUCCUCGUUUGCCUCGCCCAGUCCAUACUGCUUUGGCAGCGAUCGGAGAGAUUGAUGAGAUUAGGACCCAAAUCCGAUGAGUUUCUGAAGGAAUGUUCGAGUUAUCCUGAUCUGCAUGACGUCUCUGACGACUGGCUGCUUGUCCAGAUUGACUCCAACUUCCUUGCGCGCCCUCUUCAAGUUGAUGUUGCGCGUAACAUGAUGUUUCCUCGCUCACAAGGCAAUACCAUCCUUCAACUCAAUAUGGGGGAGGGAAAAUCGUCCGUCAUUGUUCCGCUUAUUGCCGUAUCUCUAGCAGAUGGACAAAAACUAGUGAGAAUCAUCGUGCCAAAGCCCUUAGCAAAUCAAACAUUCCAGUCACUGGUUCAACGCUUGAGCGGCUUAGCGAAUCGGCGAAUAUAUUGCAUGCCGUUUUCCCGUGCUAUCGCAGUGAAGCCGGAUGCUUUUCAAACGAUCUACCAUCAAUGCAUGAAUGUUGGUGGCAUACUGGUUAUGCAGCCUGAACACGUCCUAUCGUUCAAACUCACGGGCAUUGAACGACAGCUCUCAUCGGCUAGGCGCAAGGGGACUCCGACUCCAAAUGCAAUGCUGGAGCUACAGCGAUGGCUGGACGCAAACGUUAGGGACAUUUUGGACGAGAGUGACGAGAUUCUGGCGGUCAAGUGUCAACUUGUGUACACAGUUGGCACUCAGCAGCCCCUAGGUCCUCAGCCUGUCAGAUGGACUACGGUGCAGCAUGUAUUUUCCAUCCUGCGUAGUAGGGGCGGGCUUCUUAAUCAGCUGGCUUCUCAAGGGGGUCUCGAGCUCGAGCAACGAGACGGAUACUUCCCUCGACUUCGCAUUCUCAGACACGAAGCUGGCGUCCAAAUUUUGAAAUCUCUUUUACAAGGAAUAAUGCAAGGGGAGUCUCCUGAUCUACCUCCGUUCAGGCUAUUUCAUGGAGGGAUACGACGAGAAGCAGAGGCUUUCAUCGCCCAAAGGGAUCCUGGGACACUUCCUGAAUUGCGAAAUCACUGUCGCAGUGACAACCGUCUAUGGAGCAUUCUGCUCCUGCUGAGAGGCCUUUUUGCGCAUGGGAUACUUAUGUACAUUCUCAGUGGACGUAGGUGGCGAGUAGACUAUGGGCUUGACCUAACGCGGUCACUUCUCGCCGUGCCCUAUCGUGCAAAGGACGUGCCUGCACUGAGAGCAGAAUUCAGUCACCCGGACGUCUGCAUCUCUCUGACAUACCUCAGCUACUACUAUUGCGGAUUGUCUCACGAUCAGCUUGAUAUGUGUUUUGAGCAUAUCAACGAACUAGAAGAUCCUAUAUCGGAAUAUCGCAAGUGGGUUGAGGAUAAUUGCUUGGUGCCAGACUUUCUCCGCAAUUACAGUAGUUUCAACCCGGAUGACCGCGAACAAAAGACCCAGCAUCUCUAUCCAGCUUUCGAAAGGAACCCGUCGACGAUCAACUUCUUCCUCUGUCAGGUAGUUUUUCCGAAAGAAGCCAAGACAUUUCCUCAAAAACUCUCCACAUCGGGUUGGGACAUCGCCGAACGAAGGCAACACGUAACGACGGGUUUCAGUGGUACCAAUGACAACCGCUAUCUUCUCCCCACUUCUAUUCAACAGGACGACAUCCCUGCGCAAUUGGGUACAAAUGCUAAGGUAUUGAAUUUGAUGUUGCAGCCUGAGAACGAUCACUACCGAAGUGUGGCCAGUAGCGAGCUUCUGGACGUCGUCGUCGGGGAAACUCCUCAAAUACGAGUUUUGUUGGAUGUGGGCGCCCAGAUGUUGGAAUACUCUAAUAAGGAAUUGACAUCGAUAUGGCUUUCGCAAGUCUCGGCAGUAGAUGUAGAUGCUGCGAUCUUCUUCUCCGAAGAUGACGAAAUCUUCGUUAUUAAACGUGAUGGGGCAACGGAACCAUUCAUUUCUUCGUCGUACAGACACCAGCUUGAUCGUUGUCUCGUGUACCUGGACGAUUCCCACACAAGAGGCACCGACUUGAAAUUGCCUGCCAAUUAUCGUGCGGCAGUUACAUUAGGUCCGAAAGUGACAAAGGAUAGACUAGCCCAAGGAUGCAUGCGAAUGCGCAGGUUGGGUAAGGGACAAUCUGUUCUUUUUCUCGCCCCUCCUGAUGUGGAUCGCAAAAUCCGCAAGUUCUCUAAAAAGACCCAUGGAGAACGAAUCGAUGUAUACGACGUUCUUUCCUGGUCCAUCAGGGAGACAUGUGCCGGCCUACGGCGUUAUAGUUGUGACUGGAGAGAGCAAGGCAUUCAUUACAUCGAUAGGCGAUGCGCAUGCGAAGAAUUUUGGACAUCCUCCAUCCCUCGCACCUCAGUGUUAGCAAAAUGGGAAGAGUUUUGGAUAUCUUUCAUCCCCCGCAUCUCAGUGUUAGCAAAAUAUUGGUUGAGACCCGAGUUGAAGUCUCUCGAGGAGAUGUAUGGGGCACCAUCGUCCUCCGGGCCACUGGAACAGGAAUUGUCUCAUCCCGCAGCCGAUUGUCGCGAGAUCAAGCAGAGGAGUGAGAUUUUUUCAUCCUCCACAGAGAGUUGGCUGGUGAAAAUGGCAGAAGAGCAGGAACGCGAAGUGACCCACGAGCCUGAGCGCGAGCCGGAAGCUGAGGAGCCACCACCACCACCUUUACGGCCUGCACGCCAUCGCCUCCAUCCUGGUGUCGUAUCAUUCGUGCGCGAUGGUCAAAUCCCACCAUUUUCUCGUGCUUUCAUCCCGCUCUUUUCUUCAGUCACAAUCCUCCCUCGGUCUCAGCAAGGCACCCAGUGGUCACGCAACCUUCUUGCAACCAGCGACUUCGUCACCACAAUCAAGGGUUCGAAUGCACGGAAAGGCAACGAGUUUCUUCGGCCUGUGAACUGGAUACUGUCUAGUAUUCACGGAUCGAUGCUCGUGGUGUGCAGUCCUUUUGAGGUGAAUGAGUUGCUCCCGGAAAUUCGCCGCAGCGGUAACGUCAGGUUGCACGUGUACUCCCCAAGAACAAGUCAGCCUAUGAAGUCCUUCGAUGAUCUCAAAUUCUACACAAUUCCAUCCUUACCAACGACAUGGACUUACCUGGGGAGGCUCACAGUCUCUCAGCUCAAUAUAUUCUCAGGCCAGCUAUACAUCAACGACUUCGAAACGUAUCUUGAACUUUGCAAUUUUCUGGGAAUCAACACCAGUCAUGAUGGGAGGAACGAAGUAGAAACACAAAUUGAUGGUUUUGUCCUACCCAAGAAGCGUACUGGGGAAAUGAAUUUAGCCUGCCCCUUUGAUAUCAGUCCUCUGCCUUUCAUCCGCAAGCUAACAAGUCUCCGGAGGAAGGGAACGUCCUAUGCCUCUACUCAUCUUGGACGAAUUGUUAAUGGAGCAUUCAUACAGCCAGAGGAGUUUUGA